UGGUUAUUCGUGUUGGCUAGUUAUUGGUAGAUGAAAACGACAGCUGUUGGAAACAGUUUAGGUUAGGAUGAAUGAUGUGAAAAGAUGGUAUUAUAUUUUAUAGUUUCUGUAUACAGUUCGGAUGUUUUACGACGUUUUUGCACGAUACUUAAGGAGAUGAACGGAAUACCUUUUUGUCAUAAGAAACUUUAAACCAAAAACAUGUAUAGAAAUUCUGUCUUAUGUUCAGUGGGCCAUUACUUUACAUCUUUCACGAUACUACAAUGGCAUAGGACAUUACCAUUGUCAGUACGUUUAGAAGGUUUUAUUAAACCAUGGCCAGUUGCAGUAUGGACUCACCGGAGGUUAAUUCAUCUACAUAAAUGCCUGAAUGCAGAGAAGUCAUUAGUGACAAAAGACUUUUUUGAAAGUAUUCAAGACAAGAGCAAAGAAACAUUUUUGGAUAUGAUACAUAUAUUUGAAUCGAGGGAUAUCCAUAGACGUGGUCAUGUUGAAUUUAUCUAUGCAGCCUUACGCCAUAUGGAAGAGUUUGGUGUUAACAAAGAUUUAGAAGUAUACAAGUCUUUAAUUGAUAUUUUACCAAAGGGUAAAUAUAUCCCAACCAAUAUUUUCCAAGCAGAAUUUCAGCAUUAUCCCAAACAACAACAAUGCAUCAUUGAUGUGUUGGAACAGAUGGAAGACCAUGGUGUGACGCCUGACGUAGAAAUGGAAAAUCUCCUGCUCAACAUCUUUGGAAAAAGAGGCCACCCGGUGCGUAAAUACUGGCGUAUGAUGUACUGGAUGCCCAAGUUCAAGAAUAUAUCACCAUGGCCUCUGCCGAAUCCAGUCCCCAAUAAUAGCUUAGAACUUGCAAAGAUGGCAAUGGAACGCAUGAGUAGUGUAGAUCUACAGUCUAAGGUCUCGGUAUAUCAGGCAUCUGAUUUGAAAGACUCAUUAGAUGACACAUGGAUAGCAAGUGUACAGUCUCCUGUGCAGAGGGAACUCUUGGAUGCACAUCCACGUGAUAUUUCAAUAUUUGUGGAGGGAGUAUUUAGGGUAUGGCUGCGUAAUGCUUCAGUAUCCUACUUUAUACUACGUGCAGAUCCAAGACCUAAACCAAACCUGCCUCCACAGGACUUUGACGAUGUUGGUGACUUGAGGCUCCCAUUUUUUGACGACGUCACUGAAAAUCAAGCCCUGGUUAGGCAACCAUCAGUUCAUGAGCAAGAAGAUGGAACCAUCUUUGCCAUGUGUGCCACAGGUAGUUCAAGCAGAGAUUCUCUUCUGUCAUGGAUUCGUAGCUUGGAAACUGAUGGUAACCCUGCUUUGGCUGAAAUACCAGUGCUUUUCACUUCAAAAUCACCACUUGGUGAAGUGGUACCAGUGAGUGAGUGUGACACUGAAGAAAUAAUAGAGCACAGGAAUAUUAAAUCAAGAACUGAGAGUAAAGAUAACAGUUAAUACUAUCACUUCUGUAGAAAAUGUUGCUUUUAUUAAACAUGGUUUUCACAUUUUGUAUAAAUAUUCUGUGAUUUUUGUAGUGAGGAUGUAAUUUAUGCCUGAAGGAAGGAGACCAUUAGAAAACUUGUGCAUAGAUGAGAGGAUAAUAUUAAAAUGGAGCUUAAUCAAUCCAGUUGUAUAAUUGUUGUAGUAAAUUACCAUUCAUUUUCA